AUGUCAAAUCUUACUUUCCCGAUUUUCUUCGGCUCCGGUGGUCAUCGUCGUCGAACAAGUGGCCAGCUUGAAUCCAGUUUUAGAACAGAGCUUCGACGUAUUAGUGUGAGCCCGAAAUCGAAAAUCAAAUUCUCUCCCACUUCAGAAACCGAGCGGUUGAUAAAGAGAGAAAUGGCGGCGGCGGAGACGACGAGGAGGAAGGCGGAGGAGCUGGUGGAGAAGGCGAUGAAGGGAAACGACUCUUCUCAUGACGCCUCGCACGUGUGGAGGGUCCGAGACCUUGCUCUCUCGCUUGCUCGCGAGGAAGGUCUCUCUUCCAACUCGGACUCCAUGGAAGUUGUGGAGCUUGCAGCUCUUCUCCAUGAUAUAGGUGAUUACAAGUACAUAAGAGACCCUUCAGAAGCAAAAAUUGUUGAGAAUUUUCUGGAUGAGGAGGGUGUAGAUGAGGCCAAGAAGAUGAAGAUACUAAAGAUCAUCAAUGGAAUGGGUUUCAAAGACGAAUUAGCAGGAUUAACCCUCUGCCAAUCUCUUCCGGAAUUUGGGGUCGUUCAAGAUGCUGACCGCCUUGAUGCAAUUGGCGCCAUUGGAAUUGCUCGUUGCUUUACAUUUGGUGGAAGCAGGAACAGAGUGCUUCAUGAUCCCGAGAUCAAGCCCCGGACAGAGUUGACGAAAGAGCAGUACAUGAAGAGAGAGGAGCAAACGACUAUUAAUCACUUUCAUGAGAAACUCCUCAAGCUGAAGUUGCUCAUGAAAACCGAGGCGGGUAGAAGAAGGGCAGAGAAAAGGCACGAGUUCAUGGAAGAUUAUCUUAAGGAGUUCUAUGAAGAGUGGGAUGGCAGAGCUUGA